UCUGCACCCAAAACAACCAAGAACCAUGGCCCAGCAACAACAGAUUAGCCUCCCAGCUAAACUGAUUAAUGGGGGGUUUGCAGGCAUGGUAGGAGUCACCUGUGUGUUCCCAAUCGACCUGGCCAAGACCCGCCUGCAGAACCAGCGCAGUGGGCAGCAACUAUACAAGAACAUGAUGGAUUGCCUAAUAAAGACAGUUAAGUCUGAAGGCUACUUUGGCAUGUAUAGAGGUGCUGCAGUAAAUCUCACCCUAGUAACCCCUGAGAAGGCCAUCAAACUAGCUGCCAAUGACUUCUUCCGCCACCAGUUGAGCAAAGAUAGUGGUAAGUUGACGGUGCUGAAAGAGAUGUUGGCAGGAUGCUGCGCUGGAAUGUGCCAGGUCAUUGUGACUACACCCAUGGAGAUGCUGAAGAUCCAGCUUCAGGAUGCUGGCAGGCUAGCGGCCCAACAGAGGGUGAUGCCUAGUGUGGUAACAGCUCUGAAGAUGGGGGGGACCAGUGCUGUUCUUAGCCGUUCCUACAAUGCCAGUCCUGCACCUAAAGUCAUCAGAAUGUCCGCCACUGAGAUCACCAGAGAGCUGCUGAGGACUAAAGGAGUCACAGGACUGUACAGGGGACUCGGGGCUACAUUGAUGAGGGACAUCCCAUUCUCGGUCGUGUACUUCCCUCUUUUUGCACAUCUGCACCAGCUUGGUCAGCAUUCAUCUGAAAACCCAACUGUGCCCUUUUAUUGGUCCUUCGCAUCUGGCUGCUUGGCUGGAUCCAUUGCCGCUGUAGCCGUCAGCCCUUGUGACGUGGUGAAGACAAGGCUACAAUCACUCAAAAAAGGAGCUAAUGAGGAAACAUACAAUGGAGUGGUGGAUUGUGUCAGAAAGAUCAUGAGAAAGGAGGGUCCCAGAGCUUUCCUCAAGGGGGCCAGCUGUCGGGCACUUGUCAUUGCCCCUCUCUUUGGUAUUGCCCAGGUUGUGUACUUUGUAGGAGUUGGAGAGUACCUGCUGGGGUACACCCCAUACAACAUCUACUCUGCAUAAACAAGCUGUUUCCUAGUAUUUCUGCCGACUCAU